CCCUCCCUCCCUCCCUCACGCACAGACAGUGCACCCUGCCCGGGCAGGAGGAGGCUGCGCGAGACGAUGCCUCUGGAGAGGUGACCGCCGGCGGAUCGCUAUGAGCACGUUUCUCAAGACAAAGGUCAGAUCACCACAAGUCGGUCCGAUACAACAUGGCUCCUGCUUAGGAGGCGGUGAAGGUGAGAGCGGCGGCGGAAGCUGAAGAUAAGAAGCGCUUUUCUCGGUGUAGAGGAGGGAGGGAGGGAGAGAGAGAGAGGGGGUGCUUCUCUUGUAAGAGGAUAGAAGAGAAAAGGGAAAUCGAGCCAUAUCUUCACGCGGACUCGCUACGCGGCGGCCCCGGCGUGGACACGAUGAGCAGCGGGCCGGAUGAGAGCUCGGUGCGCGUCGCCCUGAGGAUCCGUCCUCAGCUGGCCAAAGAGAAGAUCGAGGGUUGUCACAUCUGUACGUAUGUGAUGCCGGGCGAGCCCCAGGUGGUCCUGGGCAAGGACAAGGCCUUCACCUACGACCACGUCUUCGACAUGGACACCCAGCAGGAGGCCAUCUACACCGACUGCACCGAGAGUCUCAUCGACGGCUGCCUCGAGGGCUACAACGCCACCAUCUUCGCUUACGGACAGACAGGUUCGGGGAAGACGUACACCAUGGGAACGGGCUUCAACGUCAACGUCGGAGAGGACGAGCCGGGUAUCAUUCCCCGCGCCGUCAACCACCUGUUCAGGGGGAUCGAGGAGCGCAGACAGGCCGCCACCGAGCAGGGCAAGCCGGUGCCGGAGUUCAAGAUCAACGCGCAGUUCCUGGAGCUGUACAACGAAGAGGUGCUGGACCUGUUCGACACAACGCGAGACAUCGAGGCACGGAAACAGAGGUCCAAUAUCAAAAUCCACGAGGACGCCAACGGAGGCAUCUACACCGUGGGGGUCACGACCCGCACCGUGACCUCUGCAGCUGAGAUGAUACAGUGUCUUAAGCUGGGCGCUCUGUCCCGAACCACCGCCAGCACCCAGAUGAACGUCCAGAGUUCACGCUCGCACGCCAUCUUCACCAUCCACCUGUGUCAAGUUCGAGUCUGCUCUCCGGAUAACAACGAUAAUGUCACAGACAACCGCUUAGCCGACGACUCGGAGAUCAACGAGUUUGAGACGCUCACGGCCAAAUUUCACUUUGUGGACCUGGCCGGCUCAGAGAGACUGAAGAGAACCGGAGCCACAGGAGACCGAGCAAAAGAGGGCAUCUCCAUCAACUGCGGUCUGCUCGCCCUUGGGAACGUCAUCAGCGCUCUGGGAGACAGGAGCAAGCGCUCCACCCACGUGCCUUACAGAGACUCCAAACUGACGCGGCUGCUGCAGGACUCACUCGGUGGAAACAGUCAAACUGUGAUGAUCGCCUGCAUCAGCCCGUCGGACCGGGACUUCAUGGAGACCUUGAACACCCUGAAAUACGCCAACCGAGCGCGCAACAUCAAGAACAAGGUGACAGUGAACCAAGAUCGAGCCAGCCAGCAGAUCAGCGCGCUCAGGACCGAAAUAGCUCGGCUGCAGAUGGAGGUGAUGGAGUACAAGACGGGAAAGCGAAUGGUGGGCGAAGAUGGGAUGGAGGGCAUCAACGACCUGGUCCACGAGAACUCCAUGCUGCAGACGGAGAACAACCACCUGAGGGUGAGGGUGAAGGCCAUGCAGGAAACCAUCGACGCUCAGAGGGCCCGACUCACACAGAUCCUCAGUGACCAGGCCAACCAGGUUCUGGCCAAAGCAGGUGAAGGUAAUGAAGAAAUCGGGAACAUGAUUCAGAACUAUAUCAAAGAAAUCGAGGAGCUCAGGGCUAAACUUCUGGAAAGCGAGGCCAUGAGCGAGAACCUCAGGAAGAACCUGUCGCGAGCCGCCACGCGCUCCUCGCUGUACGGAGGCCCCGCCCUGCUCGCCCCCGAGAACGAGGCCAGCGACGUCAUCACGAUGGCCAAGAAAAACUUGGAGAAGCUCAAGAGGAAGGAGAGGAAGAAGAAGAAGAGGCUGAGGCGACACGAAGAGCAUCACCGUCGAGAGGUUGAAUCCGCCAGUGCCAUCAAAGAGGAAGUCCCAGACAAUGACCAGGAGCGAGGAAAUGAGGAGGCAGACGUGGAAGGCAGCGACCAUGAAGAGGGCGAGGAUGCGGAUGGAGAGGAGGAGGACUUUGACUUGGCGGGAGAAGAGACGUCUGACGAGUCCGACUCUGAAGAGCUUGAGGAGAAAGAAAACGUCCAGGCCGACUUGGCCAACAUCACUUGCGAGAUCGCCAUCAAGCAGAAGCUGAUCGACGAGCUGGAGAACAGCCAGAGGCGCCUGCACACGCUCAAACAGCAGUACGAGCAGAAGCUGAAGAUGCUGCAGAACAAGAUCCGGGACACGCAGCUGGAGAGGGACAAGGUGCUGCACAAUAUGGGCUCGGUGGAGUCGGGUACCGAGGAGAAGGCCAAGAGGGUCAAAGCCGAGUAUGAGAAGAAGCUGAGCUCCAUGAACAAAGAGCUGCAGAAGCUCCAUUCAGCUCAGAAGGAGCACGCUCGCCUGCUGAAGAACCAGUCGCAGUACGAGAAGCAGCUCAGGAAACUCCAGCAGGACGUGACCGAGAUGAAGAAGACAAAGGUGGUGCUGAUGCGUCAGAUGAAGGAGCAGCAGGAGAGGAACCGGGCCACAGAGUGCAGGAGGAACCGGGAGAUCGCCUCUCUGAAGAAAGACCAGCGCAGAGCCGAGCACCAAGUUAAGCAGCUGGAGGCCCAGAAGAGACAACAGGAGCUGAUCCUACGCAGGAAGAACGAAGAGGUGACAGCUCUUAGGCGGCAGGUGAGGCCCGUGUCCGGGAAGGUGAGCAGGAAGGUGAGCUUGCCUGAGCCUCUGCAGGAGCCGCCACAUCGAGCCACACCGUCGAGGCCGCAGACUCCUGGAGGAUCCCAGUCCAAUGGAGCCAGGAGUUCCCCAGUGCGAUUGGGAAGUACCUACCUCAGCAGGACAGCCAGGGUCAAAUGGCAGUCACUGGAGAGACGUGUCGUCGACAUUAUCAUGCAGAGGAUGACCAUCUCUAACAUGGAGACAGAAAUGGACCGACUGCUAAAGCAACGCGAGGAGCUGACGAGACGGAGGGAGCGAGUGUCCAGGAAGAGAGAGAAGACGGCGGUGGACGGUGCGGAUGCCGACCGCCCUCUGGCCUCCAUGAACGAGGAGCUGGAGUCUCUGGGCGCCAACAUCGACUACAUCAACGACAGCAUCGCCGACUGCCAGGCCAACAUCAUGCAGAUGGAGGAGGCCAAGGAGGAAGGAGACACGGUGGACGUUACUGCGGCGAUCAGCUCCUGUAACCUAUCAGAGGCCCGCUUCCUUCUGGACCGCUUCAUGACCAUGGCAAUCAACAGGGGUCUGCAGGCGGCGCAGAAGGAUUCCCAGCUGAAGGUGAUGGAGGGCCGGUUGAAGCAGACGGAGAUUAACAGCGCCACCCAGAACCAGCUACUGUUCCACAUGCUGAAGGAGAAGGCCGAGAUCAACCCCGAGCUGGAUGCCCUGCUGGGCAGCGCCCUGCAAGAAAAUGGAGAUGACAGCAGUAGUGACGAGUCCACCCCCAGCCCAGCCACAGAGGGCAGCACACUUGCAACGGAUCUCAUGAAGUUAUGCGGUGAAUCCAGGCCGAGAAGUAAGGCUCGCAGGCGGACCACCACGCAGAUGGAGCUGCUGUAUGCCAGCAGCGGGGAUCCGUCCCAUGAAUCCCCCACUGGAGACUUCGCGGCCCCCUUGCUGCCCCACUCGGAGUGCCUGGAAAGCCCGGCAGACGUGCAGGGUCACGCGUUCGGUCAAACCCUUGACCGCGAACAAACCCCAUCUGCAGCGUCGACCAGGCCAGCUGGCAUAUCUGGGUCCAGGUCCCCCACGGGGACGGAGAGGAGGCCACUGGAGCGCUCGCCACUCAGCAGGCGGAAGAUGCCAGACAAAGGGCCCACGGCGACACACAUCCCGGCACCUGUACACACAUCUCCUGUUAACGCGGCAGAAGGCAAAACCAAAGGCAGCGACUACAAAACACUGUUGGAGGAGUCACCUGUCUUUGAAGGCCACAGAGGCGUGAUCAACCCCGUGACCUCCCCUAAGAACAGCCGGGGGGCCAAACUCCAGUGUGUCCACGUGGCUGAGGGCCACACCAAGCCUGUUCUCUGUGUGGAUGCCACUGACGAUCUGCUCUUCACCGGAUCCAAAGACCGUACAUGCAAAGUCUGGAACUUGGUGACGGGUCAGGAGAUCAUGUCUCUCGCAGACCAUCCCAGCAGUGUUGUCUCAGUCAGGUACACCUCUAGUCUCGUCUUCACCGUUUCCACCGCUUACGUCAAAGUCUGGGACAUACGCGAUUCUGCCAAGUGUAUCCGCACCCUUACGUCGUCCGGCCAGGUGGGUUCAGGCGACACCUGUUCCUCAGUCCGGAGUUUAUCCAUCCCGCCGGGAGAGAGCCAGAUCAACCAGAUCGCGCUCAACCCUGCUGGCUCCUUCCUUUACGCCGCUGCCGGCAAUUCUGUACGCAUGUGGGACCUCCGCAAGUUUGUGUCCACAGGGAAGCUGACCGGCCAUUUGGGUCCUGUCAUGUGUCUGACGGUUGAUAGGUUAGGUAAUGGACAGGAUGUUGUCCUCACUGGCUCCAAAGACCAUCACAUUAAAACGUUUGAGGUGGCAGAGGGUGCUCAGGGCAGCAUCAGCUCCAGCCAUACGUUUGAGCCCGCUCACCAGGACGGCGUGGAGUCGCUCGCCGUGCACGGAGACGUUUUCUACAGCGGCUCCAGAGACUAUUACAUCAAGAAGUGGGACUUGGCCAGUAAACAACUGCUGCAGCAGUCGGCCAGUGCUCAGGCAGACUGGGUGAGCGCCCUGGGCGUGGUGCCGGGCUCCCCGGUGCUGGUCAGCGGAUGCAGAGGAGGACUCCUGCGCUUGUGGCACGCCAACUCGCUGGCGCCCCUCGGCGAGGUCCGGGGACACGACAGUCCCAUUAAUGGCCUGGCCACCAACGGCAGCCAACUGUUUACUGCCUCAGAUGACCGCACAGUGAAAAUUUGGGAAGUUAAAGGAUCUCUGGAGGAAGGAGUCCACUGACAUCACAUUCUUUCGUAAUCCCAAUGCGGACCUGAGCAGUGUCUCCUGGCCCCCAGCCAGUCAAAACCAAUCUUUGGAUGGGAGCCAAAAGUAGGUCAAGGAAGUGUGGGCAAAGAUCAAAAGGAACAUUGAGGUUUUACUGACGAUUUCAGGUCAAGAUGGAUCCCUGCAGUGAGCAGCAGCACCUUUCGUAACUGUGACAGAAAGUAACAAAAAAAUGAAACAUGGAUUUAUGGAUCUGUGUUAAUUGAUCCAGAAGUCUGUCCAGUGCUUUCGUCAUUCCUCUCAGUUCAGCCCCGGACGACGUGGAUACCCCCCAUGCAUAUGGUGAAUUUUGUCACAUCUGCUGAAGAAAAGAAAAUUUGUUUGGGGGGGAUGCAAAGCUUUGCUUCCUCGCACCAAUUGUUCUUUAUAAAAAAAAAACUGCUACUGCUUGACUGUGUCCGAAGACGGGCAUUUCCAAGUCCUUUGAAUCUUCUGUUUAUGUGAGUCUGUCCUGUGUUCACAUGAUGUGUGAUUUUUAAGUAUAUAUGUGUGUGUGUGUGUGUGUGUGUGUGUGUGUGUGUGUGUGUGUGUGUGUGCGCGUGUGUGUUACGCUGUAACCAAGGACCAAAUAACUACUGAAACUCCAUUUGGACGUGUUCUUCAGCUGUCACUGCCAAACCCUAAACCCUCCAGUGGAGCAAACAUGGCCUCUACAAAAAGAAAACAAGGUCACCCAUAUGGCAAUUUACAAUUUUUUUUUCAAAAAAGUCCUGUAUUAUUAUUAUUAUUAUUUCCAGUGUUUUCAUCAGUGUUCACCUCCUGACCGAUACCAUGUCUCUGCAAAAAUGUUCACUCUGGCAGAAACAAUAUUGCUUCAUUCUACUAUACAAAAGUAGAGAGCAAGCAAAUACAGAAGAAGCGCGUGUGAGCUUUUCACACGAGCACACUCUACACUUAAAUCCCGCUUUCUAUCUGCAAAUGGUCUUAUCGUUAAAACGCAGACUGAAUAGCUGUUCCAUCCAGAUUAAAACGUGUUUCCCCAGCUUGGACCGUUCAGAGCGAGGUAAACACUGUUUAUCUUUUUGUCUAGCGUGUGUGUUGUCAGCAGUCAGCGCGCUCCCCUCCGGCUUCUCCGAGCUGCAAACUCUCAGUACUCUGGGCACCACACUUUUGGAGUUUGUCGGAGUGAAAUGAGUUUAAAUGAGACCUUGAUGAGAGGCUGUUAAUUAUCAGAAUAAUGUGAACGUGAAUCAUUCAUGUUGUUUAAAGCAAGCACCUUUUUAAUUCCUUAUGUAGUGGAGUAUGAAAUAGAUAUUUUGCGUGUGUGCGCGAGCGUGUGUGUGUCAAUCCAAAUUGUGUGAUACAUGUGUGUACAUGUGUAGGUUCUCUCCAUGUACAGUGCUGCUCACCUCUGCUGUCUUAGCAUCUGUAAACUGUACACGUUUCAAAACAUCAGUCUUUCAACUUGAGCGUAAAAGGCUUCCAAUUAUUUAUUUUUGUUUGUUAGACUUUUGCCGUUGAGUGUUUCUCAUCAGUCACAGAUUUUGAACUCAUUCCCAUCCCAUGCCUCUGAUAUCUUAGAAUCAUAGAUGACGGACUGCACAGGAUUUAUGUGUUUCUCCAUAAUCAGAGGUGUAUUAUCAGUGCCUGUUAUAAAUCCUGAACUGUAGCUAUUGAUUCUAGAAUCACUACCUGAUAAGUGUGAUCACCCCUCAUUAAAAUGUUCAGGUCAACAAUUUAUCAUUUCUUUGAAACUUAUUUCUGGUCUGUGUUUGAGGUUGGAGGUACUGUAGACACUGUUAACGGGGUUUAAAUCAAUGGGACUAAACUAUUUGCACUGAAAAAAACAAUCAUAUUUUUUGUGAAAUACAAACAACAUAAGAAAAUGGUUUUCAGUCCCAUCAGCUAGCACUUUGCUCAAGAAAUUAUCCCCGUAUCCUUAAUAUAAUCUAAACGAUCCUUCCAAUUGCAGUUGUAUCCUAAUUUGAGAUCGGUUUGUAAAUCUUCUCUCGUGUGUAAAUACAACUAUGCUGUUGUUUUCUUUUUCGGCUGAUCUGUUGUGCACAAAGCUGCAGUGGGAAAAUAGAUUUUAAAAUAAAACGCUUUUACAAGUGUA